AUGGUGGAGUGCAAUGGUUUACUUCUCUGUAGCACAAUGUCUAAGAGGAUUGUGAUCUGGAACCGUACUCAAGCGAGAUGGAUUGACAGAGACAAUCUCUCCUUGUACGACACAUACUCCCUAGGUCACGACGGUAACAAUCUAUAUAAGUUGAUGAAGUUCAACUUUGGUUCUUUUGACAUAGAUGGGAGGGAGUGUUAUGGGCCAGAAGCUGAAGUUUAUGAAUUUUCUUCCAACUCUUGGAGAGAGAUUGGCAUAAUAGGAGAUUGGAGUUUGCUCAGACCUUCUAUGAUGGUUUCUGUCGAUGGUAACUCAUAUUGGCUAGCCUCCUCAGGUCAGGUCCAAGUCUUUAUACAAAGUUUCGACUUCUCUACAGAUUCCUUCAGAGCAAUCCAACUCCCUUCAACUCCACUUUCCCGUGACAUGACUAUCUAUGAUGUUUCAUCAUCUCAGGGAGUUUGA